CAGAGUGGUGUCGGGCUGGACUGGAAUCUCGGGGUCUCCUGUGUUACCUUUGGGUCCCUGCGAGCUAGAGACCUGAGGCGUCCUGUGGACGACCUGACCCAAUGUCUCCAGGGUCGGGAAGCGUCGCGGCCACGGGCUCCCCCGAGCCGGCAGCCGCGGGACACGGGCACACAACAGGAGAACAUGUUUGUCAGGCAAAGGUGUCCCAACGAAUGAGCCCAGUCGGGCGCUGUCUCCAGAACGACCUUGGACAGAGGUCCAGCCUGUGCCUGGCUGCAGCCCUGGGUGGAGUCAGAGGGUGGCAAGCUGCCCAGGGAGGCCGGGGGCCACCUCCAGGAUGACCAAGUGUCGGGGGGCCACUGUAACUGGCCAUCCCCCGGGCACUCAGUGAUUUCAGCCCUUUGUAUACAUGAGCCGUGACCCCGGGAGCAGGUCCCGGCCUCUUCCUCACCCCAAGAGGCCCUCAUCCUCCCCAGCCAAGGCCCGUGGGUGGCCGGCCCUCCCUCCAGCCCCAAGAGGUCCAGCUGUUCCACAGGCUCUACAUCUUUCGCGGCUGGAGCCCGAGCAGCCCUCAGGGGCCUGGAUCCGGGCCCUGGAGCCCCUCAGGGAGGACAGGAACAAGGCGGGUACCGGUGAUGGAUGGAGCACCCGUACAGGGCCCGGAUCGCAGACCGCAGUGGGGAAGGGGAGAGGGGACGCCAGUGAGGCCCCGCCCCCAAAGCCAUCCAGCCUUUCCAUCCAGUCACCAGGGCCUGGCAUGGCCCCAGGAGCGGUGGCCGACCAGACUCCUGACACAGCCGGCAGGCGACACCGCAUCACCGGUGCCGGCCUGGAAGUGAGGAUCGGCAGCUUGGACGAGAGCAUCCGCCGAGCUGGCAGGGGGCACGUCCCUUGGUCCCCUCUCCGAGACCUCUCCGGGUACAGACCUCACUUGAACAACUCCUCUGACAGGAGACCAUCUCUGGACCUGCCGGGGAAUCCAGCCCCGGGAGGAAGCGACGACCUGCUCUGCUCUACAGAGGAGACUGAGGCGACAUCAUCCUCCCAGGCCGGUGCCUGGGAAUCCAUGCUUGCCUGGGGGCAAAUACCAAGCCCUCGAGCUCCCUCCACAUCUAGGGUGCCGUGGCUCUGACGACACUGCCUGGUCACGUCCCCUGCGCCUGGCAAGCUGCGGUUACCCCCGUUCCUUACCUGACGUCCGAGCCCAGAGUGAACUGGGCCAGAUGCCCUCCCCAGGGUGUUCCCCUCCCCCCUCCCUAGUGUUUUCCUCCCCCAGGGAGCCCACCAUCCCUGCCCCUUGAGCCCCCUGCUACCACCGCCCCGCUCCAUGGCUCCCAUCCAGAACACCCUCAUCUCUAAGGCUGGCUUCAGAGGUCACCUCCUCGGGGUCCUGAGAAACCCAGGCUUCGGGUCAGAGUGACCCGGGUUCACACCCACAGCGGGGCCACGUCAGAGUCCUGUGACACGCAAGCUCUAUGCCAGCUUCUGGGACCUCGGUGCUCUUUUUGAAGAUGGGGUCGGUGGCUCCGACCUCUGAUGGGUGUGUGGGAGAUGAAAGCAGGGAGGCGAAGGUGUCCGAAGUGGGGGAGCUUGUGGGGGGAGGGGGCUCUAGGGAAGGCAGGGGGAGGGGAUGGGGAGGAAGGAAAGGCGGCCUGACCUCUCCCUGCCCAGACUGGUGUCCACCUCCCCCUCCCCCUGCUCAGCCAGGCGCCCGGAUGAACAGUGGAGUGGAGUGUGGGGGCCAGGUCAGGAGGGUGGGGGCCUGUCUCGUUUCCCUCUUGCCCCCGUGUCUCCCUACCCGCUGUGUCCAGCCGCCCUGCCUGGGUGGAGUGGCCGUGGCCCCAGGCCUAAGAGGAUAUGAGGGUCACUGAGCAGGCGGUGGAGAUCGGAUACGUGCGACCCCAGGUGUCGUGGGCUCCUGCCGCGAGGUGGUCCCGUGCACGCAGUCCCAUGGUCCUGGUGCACCUGCGCGGGCUCCACCUGCCUCGACCUUUGGUGGGAGCACCUCCCCGCCCCCAAGGCUCCCGCGCCACAUCCUGCCCAAAGGUGGGAGCCAGGGGCCACUCUAGCCGGACUGGUGCAGCUCCUCCUCCAAGCGCUCAUGGAACAGUCGGGAAACUGAGGCCAGGAGAGGCAGGGACUGGCCAGGGACCCACCAGGUGAGCAGAGCCUAGAGGGGCUGGGGGAGGUUUCGGGCUCCUAGGCCAGGGCUUCACUUUCCCAUGCGGUUUUCGAGGGAAUGAGAGCCUCUAAGAUCCUGGAGGACCACUGAACCCAUCCCAUGUGGGGUCCUUUCCUCUGGGCAUCCCCGAGUGGGCACAGGUCCACGCAAUUGCAUGGAAACACAGUCCCCCGCCCCCCAGUAACUAAUCACCCGCGUGGGGGUCAAAGGAUGAGUGGAUCCUGGAGGUGACAGGCGGUGGGGGAGGAAAGUGGUGUGGGGCGGGGACAUUGUCUCCAGGGAACAUGCCCAUGAGGGGAGCCACGCCAGGCCGAUGGCCAGGGGAUCCCCAAGAUGCCCCCGUGUGUAUCACAGGCACCCUCAUUCUAGAGAAGCACCCCACUCAGCUCCCGUGGUUGGAGACCUUCGAAUGCGCAACGUGUUCUCAUGCUGUGUCCUGAUAUCUCGAGGCUGUGGUCUCAGGAAAGCCCACAGGGAGAGCCUUUUCCCACUUGCAGUCGGUGGGUCCGGGCUCACCCCCGAAGCCUCUGGUCACGUGCCCGGAGGGACGCAAAGGUGACACCGGGAGGCCCAGGACUGGCCGGUCUAGCCUGACACGGCCCUGAUCCGACUGGUGAGUCGCACGAGCUUCCCUGUGUCUGUGAGUGUGUGUGAGGCUGUGUGUGCUUGUAAGGAUGGGACGUGGGGGGGAAGCCACCCAGAGCAGGAGCAGGCUGAUGGGAGGGUCAUGUCCGCACCCCAGGUCAAGGGUGACUGGGAGGGACAGGGUGAGUUGUGUAGAGCUACAGGACACAGGGACACAUUCUGGUGACCGUCCCCGAGCCCUGCCGGCAGCUGGGGUCCAGGUGCCCUAGUGGUCAGCACACACCAGGGUCUGGGCUGAGCAGAAGGCCAUGACCUCAAGGAGACUCCACUCUGCCCUCUCCUGUGUUCCGUGCCAGGCGCACCCCUUCCUCAUCCUCCACGGCCACAUGUGCCCACGAGCCUCAUGGGAUAGCAGGCACAGGACGUGUCUACAGGUGGCUCCCUGAUGGCGCCCCUACAAGUAGAUGCCACAAGGACCCCACUGUGCAGAUGGGGAGACGGGGGGGCCCCAGGAGGCACGGGGUCUGUGCAGGGUCCCAGCACUGGUCAGGAGGAAAGCCCAGGUCUGAACCCAGCUCUGUGGCCCCAAAGCCGUGGCACCGGCUGCCCCAGGCCUCGCGGGGACGUGCCUGGGCUGUGUUGGUGUCACUGUAGGGACAGGGCAUGGGGUGGAGGGGAGCCCUUUGCAGCCUGGGAGGGGCUCUUGUAGGAGCAGGAAGCCGGGUAAGGGGACCCCAGGAAGUGACCUCACCUCCCUGGUCACAGAGCCCAAUUGAACUCAGAACCCGGGUCACCAGGCACCCACGUUCUGGAGACAGCGCCCGACUGGGCUCAUUCGUUGGGACACCUUCACCUGACGAACAUGUUCUCCUGUUGUGUGCCCGUGUUUCGCGGCUGCCGGCUCAGGGGAGCCAGUGGCAGCGACGCUUCCCGACGCUGGAGACAGUGGGUCAGGUCGUGCACAGGACGCCUCAGGUCUCUAGCUCGCAGGGACCCAAAGGUAACACAGGGAGACCCAGAGACAGCCAGUCCAGCCCGACACCGCUCUGAUCUGACCUGUGCGGCCCCAUGUCCCCCCGUGUGUGUGUGUGUGUGUGUGUGUGUGUGUGUGUGUCUGUGUGUCUGUGUGGAUGGAGGGGUCGUGUGUGGAGGGUCCACCCGAGCAGGUGCAGGCUGAUGAAGGGGUCAGAUGCCUGGGGGGGCGGGUCAGGCUCACACUCGGUCAAGGCUGGUUGGGAGGGACAGGGUGUGCUGGGGUGGCCCUCUUGUCCCCGAUGUUCAUCCCGAGCCCUGUAGGUGGAUGUGACUGUGUCCCAGGCACAGGUCUAUGCACACUCAGGUCUGUGUCCAAUCUGGGAGCCACAGUGGAGAGGGUGGAAGGACACUGAGGAUGGCCGGGCACG